UUGGUAGCCGCUGUCUCUAGAGAAGAAAGAGUGUGAGGCAUCUGAGAGUCACCGAAAUCGCGGUGCAUCCUAGCACGCGAACCUCGCGAAUGCCAGUGGACGCGUAUUACAUAUCCGUGUCCGUUUGUAAAUAUUUGUGAAUAGUAUAUUUAAUAAAUAGUGUUAAUAAAACGCGGUGAACACGGAGACAUUUGUGGUGGCGUUGCAAAUCAAACAUCUUUAGCUGUAGCAAGUACAGUGAGACGACCAGCCAAUACGUAUACCAAGCUGAUUACAAAAAUAUAUACUGAGAGAAGCAAUUUUUAUUGAUGUUACAAUUAAUUUUCUGAAUCUAACUAUUUUGGAUUAGUUAGUAAUAGACUUACUGCUGACUCCCUCUUUUACCAAAUUUUCAAGCUAAAGGUGUGCGGAAAUCGCAAAACCGCAACGACCUAUCAACUAAAAAAAUUACAACCUUUUUUUGCAUAUAUACUGAGAUCUAAGGGUAUUAUUUACACCUGCAAUCUUUAACAAAGAAUUAUAUGUAAUUAUUGGUAUCGUAACAUCGAAAGAGCUUUUUUAACGUGAAAAGUCACUUUUGACUGGAUAAAUCAUCAGAAACCGGUGAAAUAAUAAGCCCUUUGUGUUGCUCCAAGUUCAUGUGUAUAUGUGUUGUCAAAAAUCCGACAGUGUGCGCUCUGGUAUGUAGCUGCCAUUAUUGCUGAAUUUCCUGGUAUAAUUUAUAUUGAUAAAAUAGUUUGUGAAUUGGAAAUAACAGUAAAUUAAGGCAUUAAAAAAUAUCUAUCUUUUGGGGAUCGAAUAUGAGUUGGACGUAGUAACUUUUACCGACAACAGUCGCCGGUUGGAAAUCCUUCAAGAUAACCUUCACUAAGAGAAUUCUUUCACAUAUACAUUUUUCACUUGUUUUUUUUCUUUUUUCCGUCUACUCUCUUUCUUCUUCACUCUUUUGUUCUUCUUUUUGUGACUUUGACUUGUAUACUUGCAUCUAUCAACGAAAAAUUAUUUAGUGCUUGACAAAAUGAAGUGGCUUAGUGCUGGAAGUGGUGGUGGUAGUGAACCGGCACCCUCCAUGCAGUUACACCAUCCUUCUGCAAAUGGACACAUAUCUGCCGAUAUGGAACAGUGUACACAAGUGAUGGCAAGUGGAGAUGCGAUGAGACUCCAAGCUGGACAGACUAAUCAAAUUGGUGUAAGUCGCACUCAAGAUGAUGCUAUGGUCGGUUAUGUAUUCCAAAGACCGAAUGAAGUUGAAUUCAAUGCUCAAGCUUCAACUUUUCAAACUAAACAGCCUCCUCGAGCAUGGGCCCUUGCUGACGAUGCCAUUAUUGACAACAAUCAUGAAAAAUGGAAAUACCCAAUGACAAAAUUAAAUGUACAACAAAGUCAACCACAACAGCUAGGUCUCCAGGCUAUAAAUAAUGUUCAUCUACCUUAUGAAUUGCAUCCUAUGCAACUUAAAAGCGCAGCACCUGGAACUGAACAUUUGAUCUAUUUAAAUAAUCAAAUGACAACCCAACAACAAGUUGCGUUGUUUCAUCAUCAACAACAACAACAGCAACAGCAGCAGCAACAACAACAACAGCAGCAGUUUAGAAAUGGCCAGAUCGCACCCUCGGCAAAAAAGCUUUGGGGCGUUGACGAAGGUGGCUCCAAGGAUGAUGGUGGUGUUAAAGGUGGUGGGAUACUUCACCUUGGUGAUCAUCAAAUGUGGCGCGAUUCCACUUGGAGUACUCCAGAUCAUGCAGUAUCACAACCAAUUUCAAUGGCCACCGGGAGAAGAGUUAGUGUUGGAACCGGUUACCAUCAGACUUCUGAAGUUGGAGCAGUACUAAGUCCUCGUAGCAGUGAAACUGGUGGCCUUGGUGUCAAAAUGGUUGAAUAUGUACUUGGUUCCAGUCCAACCACUCCAAAAGAUCUGGAACCUCGUAUGAGUGCUCUCAGAUUGAAUGCAGACAGUGAUAAAAAAGAAAAGGAUAAAGGGUCAACAAGCCCUUUUGAUAAUUCGAAGGAUGAUACUGGCCCUCAAGGCAACGGUCUGGUUUCCCAAAAUGGUCUUGAUGAUGAUAAAGGAUUUAAUCGCACUCCUGGAAGUAGACAACCUUCUCCUGGAGAAGAAGAAUUUCAAAAAAAUGCUGCUGCUACUUUGGCAGUUAGUACUGGCGGUGGAGUAGUAUUAUUGAAACCAGGAGUUGAUGUUGUUGGAAACGAAGAGCAUUUUAUGGCAGCAUUUGCUCCAGCACCACAUCACCUUCAGCAUCAUCCACCAACUCAUCAUUUGCAACAUCCACAUUCACAUGCAGCUCAAUUAUUUGGAGCACAAGGACCGUUACCACCACAGGGUCCUCCCCCUACUCAACAGCAACAACAACAGGGUCCUCCUCAACCACAAGAUACAACAACUCAUUUUGAUGUUCAACAACUGUUUCGUAGUCAGCCUCAAGGAGCUACUCCUCAACAGCUACAACUACUCCAACAACAGCAGCAACAGCAACAACAAUAUCUUGCUUCUCAAGCUCAGCAGCAACAACAACAACAGCAACAGCAACAACAACAAAACUUUCCAACAGCUCCAUAUACAGUAAUAAGUGGACAAGAACCAUAUGUGGGUGCUUUAAUAGCUGGUGCACCACCAGUUGUACCACAAUAUUAUGGAGUUGGUCCUUGGGUUUAUCCAGCAGGUUUACUGCCACAAGCACCACCGCAAGCUGCAGCUCCACCACCACCUAGAAGACCACUAACACCUUCUUCUGCAGCCGCAGCUGCUGCUGCAGCACAAGAUAGUGCUAAUAAUCUUGCACAAACAGUACAAGGACAAUACCAAGUAAUACCAGCUUACUAUGAUCAAAAUGGAUCGAUUUUAAUGGGUGGAGUACGAGGUCUAGGAUCUGCUGCUACGCCUAUGAGGUUGGUGAGUCCAGCACCUGUUCUCGUUAACAGAGCUCCAUCUCAACCACCACCAGGACCCCAAGCACCACCUCCACCAAGUCUAUAUUCACAGCCUACCUCAACAUCCCACAGCAAUGCUACUCCAGGCGAAUGUUUGGGUCUCGCGGCCGGAAGUGCGGCAGUGAUAGCUCAAGCUCAAGCGGUUGCUGUACAACAAGCACAACAACAGGGUACGGGACUUGCAGCUGGUUUAGCAGCUUUGGGCUACGGUGGUUCACCACUUGGUGCCCUUGGCUCGCCGGCUCAACUACAGAGCACAGGUUUAGGACUUGGUGCAUCAUCAACAGGAAGACGAGAUUCAUUUGAUAGAAAUACAUCAGCAUUUAGUCCAAGUCUAGAGUACAGCCGUGGAAAAUGGCCACAAAGUUAUGGUGCCUUAGGAACUGUAACGGCUUCACCUAGUCCCUUGGGAUUGUCUUUAACACCACCUCCUACUCUUGGUGGUUCUUUAGGUGGAUUAGUUGGAGGACCUAGUCGAGUAUCAGCAGCUCCAGGUGCUGAAGCUAAAUUCCGAACAAGUACUGUGCCUACCUUAACAGCAAAUGGAGUAUUUGGAUCUAGUAGCUCUCUCUUUCCAAAUUUGGUCGGAAAGCCUGGACGUGGUACUACUUCAGGUGUAGGAGAUAAAGGAGCAGGUCGUUCACGUCUACUUGAAGAUUUUAGAAAUAAUCGUUUUCCAAGUCUUCAAUUACGAGAUCUUGCGAAUCAUAUUGUUGAAUUCAGUCAAGAUCAGCAUGGCUCACGUUUCAUUCAGCAAAAACUUGAGCGUGCAUCAGCAGCAGAAAAGCAGCUCGUUUUUCAAGAAAUUCUUUCUUCUGCAUAUUCACUUAUGACUGAUGUUUUUGGAAAUUAUGUUAUUCAGAAAUUCUUUGAAUUUGGUACGCCUGAACAAAAAUCCACUCUUGCUCAAAAGGUACGAGGUCAUGUAUUGCCUUUGGCUCUUCAAAUGUAUGGUUGUCGAGUAAUUCAAAAAGCAUUGGAAUCUAUUGGUCCUGAACAACAACAAGAGAUUGUUCGUGAGCUAGAUGGUCACGUUUUGAAAUGUGUGAAAGAUCAAAAUGGCAAUCACGUCGUUCAAAAAUGCAUCGAAUGUGUAGAGCCUAGAGCACUUGAAUUUGUUAUUGGCGCAUUUGCUGGACAGGUGUACUCUUUGAGUACUCAUCCAUACGGCUGCCGAGUUAUUCAACGUAUUUUAGAACACUGUACACCAGAACAGACUCAAGGAAUACUUCAAGAACUGCAUUUAGCGACAGAUCAAUUAAUUCAAGAUCAAUAUGGAAAUUAUGUUAUUCAACACGUGCUUGAACACGGAAAAAUUGAAGAUAAAGCUCAGCUUAUAAAUAGUGUUCGAGGAAAAGUGCUUGCUUUAUCCCAACAUAAAUUUGCGAGUAAUGUUGUUGAAAAAUGCGUUACUCAUGCUACAAGACAAGAACGUGCUGUUCUAAUAGAAGAAGUAUGUGGUUUUAAUGACAAUGCUCUCAAUGUAAUGAUGAAGGAUCAGUAUGCAAAUUAUGUAGUUCAAAAAAUGAUUGACGUUGCUGAACCAGCACAACGCAAAGUGCUAAUGCAUAAAAUACGACCGCAUCUUAGUAGUCUUCGAAAGUACACAUAUGGUAAGCACAUCAUUGUUAAGCUUGAAAAAUUUUUCAUGAAGACAGCAUCAGCUAUGGGAGUAUCAACACCUGCUAAUACAUCAAAUACGUCAAGCGAUCUUGGACCUAUUGGACCACCUACAUCAGUUGCUGGUUCUGUGCCAACACCUACUCAACAAUCGACACAGGUUCUAUAAAACUACAAAUUUGAUCAUUUUUUUCUUUAAAUCAAAAAAUUAAACAAUGGCUCUUCACAGCCAAUGACAUCAUUAAUUUAUCCAAAUAAACAUUCAAUAUAAUUUUGAUGAUAAAAUGGACAAAUUCCGUUUUUUUAUAAUGUCAAAUAUUUAUUAAAAUUGUUUUGAUAAUAGAAAUUUUUAAACAUAUUUCUUAAUUGAAAACAAUUUUGAUGAAUAUUUAAAAAUUGAAAAAUUUUAAAAACUACAUGAUGCUAUUAGAAGAAGAAUGAAAAGAAUGUUUAAAAAAAUGAAGUACAUUAAAAAGUUUCAUUAUCCGAUUUUUCAUCAUACUUUUUACGUAUGAUAAUUAUUUUAAAUUCGGCCAGAAAUGAACCGAAUAAUUACUGCUUAAUAAGCUUUUUUCCGAAAGAAGAAUUCAAGCUUAAUUUUAUUUUUUGCUUAUCCAUUUUUCAUUAAAAAAAUGUUUAACCUGCCUCUUUACUAAACUGAGGCUUUUCUCUCAUUUAUUUACACUGAAAAACUUUCAGUUAUAUAUUAAAAAUAAUUUUCUUUUACUUUGGCGUUUAAAGAAAUGUAAGAUAUCGAUUAAAUAAGUCGAUAUAUAUAUUCUAUUUCAUUUUCAUAUAUUUUUUUUUUUUUUCGUUAAACGUUUAUAUAUCUUUUAACAAUUUUGAUCUUAAUGCAGAAUUAUAGAAAUGAGUAAUUACUUUAUAGCGAUUAUUAGAGCUUGAAUGUUGCAUACAUAUAUUGAAAUAUUAUCAAAUGUGUUUGCAGGAAAAAAGGAAAUGAUGUCAACAAAUAUUUUUAGAAAAUUAUGGAGUUACAGAUGACAAAAUUUAAAUAUUAGAAAGAUGAUAGCGACAGUGAAACUUACUGUUCUUACUAUUAAUCAAUACUUUGAUCCUCAUUUGCUUUUAUUUUAAUUAUUUUUGCUUUAAAUAAUUAUUAACACGAUCAAUGGAAGCUAUAUACGGAUGUAGAACGAAUUUAAUAAGAAAAUCAAUUAAAUAGCUUCAUUUAAAAACAAAAUUCUUACACAUGAGCGUAAAAAUCAAGAGUUCAUAUACAAAAAGAGGUUUUUAAAUAAUUUAAAAUAGGUAUAUUCGUCCCCUGUUCCUCCGCGUGAAUUUUGUAAAUUGUGAUAUAAAUAAUGAAUAACGAGAUGUAUAGAAACGGCAACCAUACCUUUUCACGUACACACAAUGUCGUGAGAUCAGAGUAACUUUAAAUAUUUCUGCUUAAUUAAACAAAAUUUUUUUAUAAACAUAUAAAUAUAUAUAUAUAUAUACAUAUUAUAUAUAAAUAUCUUCUGUGAGACUAUUAAAUCCUUUUAAACAAAGCUUGUGAAUAUCGUGUAUUAUAUUAAUUACAGUUAAAUUAAAUUUAAAAAAAUAUCAUUUAAACUUGUUCUACGAUAACUCAAAUCAGAACAAAAAAUUGAUUUAAACAUUUAUCAUUUUUUAUUCCUAUGUACAAGUAAAUCCCCUCAUCCAUUCAAAUGACUUCAUUGUAAAAUAGAAAAACUUUAUUUGACAAAGAGAUAAUGCUCUAGCAGUAAUCAAUCCAAUCGAAAAGCAUGAUCAAUAUUAAAUAUUGCGAUAAAUUUAAAUUAAAUUGUAUAUUGUAAAGAAAAAAAAAUGAAACGCAAAAUUGUUAAUGCUUUUUUACAAGAAAAAAAAAUAAUUUGAAUAGUUUCAUACAAAAUACUGAUCUAAAUCCAAUCUUAGAUGUUUAUUUUGUCUUACAUCACAUCGUUUUUUGUAUUUAUUUAUCUCUAAAGAACAUUCUCGUUAGGCUUUUAUUAGACAGAUCUUAUAUUUAUCAAUGAUAAUAUUCUCGCAGUAAUUAUCAUAUAAAUUUUGUGUUUGAAAUUUCAUAUUUUGAUUAAAUAAUCGAUUCUUUAAACGUUCAUUUAAGUGUGGUUUUAUGAAUUUUUUUUCUCAGAUUAAUGAUAAGAAAAAUUUUUAACAUCCAGUAUGUACAACAAAUUCAUCUGCCAUUUCUUAUAAAUAAAAUAAUGUCGAUUAAUGACUUUUCAAACGCAUUUAUUCUUAUUAAAGAUGACGAAGAACACUAGAUUUAACAAGAAUUUAACUCGAGUUGCAUUUUUCUUGUAUAAUACAUGUAAUAUUUCGUUAUAAUUUAGAUGUGAAAUAAAAGUAAAAGUAAAUAAAAGCAACUCGACGGCUUUUGUGAUAUUCUUAUAUAGAGAAAAAGAUAAAAUAAAACAGAGGAAAGUAGUGAAGAAGAGAAUUUCUGGCAUAUUUUUUGUAUCAUAUUGUAUAUAACGAUUUAAUAAUAAAAUUGACAAAAUUUUAGGAUGCUCUUUUUCCCUCUAUUUUUCCUCCUACGAAUUAUUCAACUGAAUAAUUCAAAGUAAUUAAAUUUUUUUUCUCUCGAUGAAUUUGUAUAAAAUAAUUACUGCGGUGAAUUACUAUUAAUUAACUUGAAACAAUGUCGAAUAAAAGCCUUAGAGAACAGUAAUAUCACUGCGAUGAAUUGGAAUAGACAUUCCACAAAAUCUAUCUAAAGAUCAACCGCAUCGAUUAAUGUAAUAAAUUGUGAAACUACAAAAUUAUAAAAAUGUGUAAUCAGUAUAAGAGUGUAACAACAAUUAAGGAAUUCAAUCAAUUCUUUAAUCCUUUGUAAAUCACUCGUCAUCUGUAAAUUGAUAAGUGUUUCAUCAUUUAUAAAAAUGAAUAUAAUGAUGUUACAUGUCGUCAGAGUUCUAAUGGUAAAAUUAAUAAUUAUUAAUAUAUUUAAUUAAAAAGUGAAUACAUAAAAAAUUGGUAACUGUUUUAUAUAGCGUAUUAUUAUAUGGAAAUUCAUUGUUUCAAAAUAAUUAUAAUUUUUUUUCAAUAUUGACAACUACUCGUUUAUUUUAAAUAUUGUAAUAUUAUUAAUUAGUGCGAUUCUUGUAUCGUUCAUUAAUGCUAUAUUUAUAGCGCUAAGCACUUUUUCCAUAUAUAUAUUUGCAUAUACAUACAUGUAUGAAACGUAAGCAACAUUCGCAUAUAAUAAUUUAUGAAUAUGAUGUAGAAUCUUUGACAUCGACCCAAUAUCCUCUCUUUAAUCGAUUUCCAAUUUAUUUUCUAUUUGUAAUACUUAAAAAUAAUGUUUGUAGUGAUCUUAAUACUAUUUAUCGCUUUAUCUAUGUAAGUUUGGUCUCAGUUACAAAAUGAAAAUGUUUAAAUUAUUUUUUCAUUAUAAUCCCAUAUGUAAAAUGUAAAUUUUUUAUAUAGCGCAAAAUAUUGAAAUUAAU